AUGGCUUCAAGCAUGUCUUUAUCCGUCUCAAACUUGCGCUCGGGGAUCUUCAAAGCAGCCUCGAACACUCUUCCUUCAAAACGGCAAGGUAGCAAGGCUAACAACGCCACAAGCCUCCCGAAUAUGACAGCCCCCAAGGACUCGAACAAGCCAGACUUCCAAGAAGGCCAUGUCGCCGACAAGCUGGUCAGCUCCAACGCUAUCUUGGAAAUCGUCAGCUCCAGCUGA